UGGCCUGAGGGUUCCGGCGCCCGCAGUCUGGCAGCCCGGACUCCUCCGCAGCCCCCUGCCCGCCGGGGGCCAGCUGAGGCUCCUCUGGGCGAGCGUGGCUGCCGAGGGCUUGAGGUCCGGGCCCAGCGCUUUCGGUUCUCGGAGGAGCCAGGCCCGGGAGCCGAGGGUUCCGUGCUGGAGGUCCACGUCCCGCAGGUCCUGCAUCUCCAAUAUGGAAUGUAUGUUUGGCCCUGUGCUGUGGUACUGGCCCAGUACCUGUGGUUUCACAGAAGAUCUCUGCCAGGCAAGGCUGUCUUAGAGAUUGGAGCUGGAGUGAGCCUUCCAGGAAUUUUAGCUGCAAAAUGCGGUGCAGAAGUAAUAUUGUCAGAUAGCUCAGAACUGCCUCACUGCCUAGAAGUCUGUCGGCAAAGCUGUCUAAUGAAUGAUCUGCCACAAGUACACAUUGUAGGAUUAACGUGGGGUCACGUAUCUCGGGACCUUCUGGCUCUACCACCCCAAGAUAUUAUCCUUGCAUCUGAUGUGUUCUUUGAACCAGAAGACUUUGAAGACAUCUUAACUACAGUAUACUUUUUGAUGCAGAAGAACCCCAAGGUCCAAUUGUGGUCCACUUACCAGGUUAGAAGUGCUGACUGGUCAGUUGAAGCUUUGCUCUACAAGUGGGAUAUGAAAUGUGUCCAUAUUCCUCUGGAGUCUUUUGAUGCAAACAAGGAAGAUAUAGCAGAAUCUGCCCUUCCAGGAAGACAUACUGUUGAAAUGCUGGUCAUCUCCUUUGCAAAGGACAGUCUCUGAAUUACACCUACAAGCUGGUCUGGGACAAUGUCAAUACCAAUUAGCAACCUGGCACAUAAAACUAGGCUCAAACCACUUCAGCUUGAGAAAAUACAGUGGAUUUGAAGAUGGCCAAUUCUAUUGGCUUUAUACUUUGUGUUGCCACCUGGACAGCACUGAUGGGUAAAUUAACUAUGAGAACAAAAAUUAAAACACUUAUGAAGAAAAA